UCAGGCGGUGGGAUCAUGUGGAACAUAAUUUUGUGGCUUACGUUAUUGGUGAACUUUUCCACUGCUAAAUUUGUGAUAGAGGUGAACAAGUUAUUUAAGGAAUGUCCCUCCAUUAGCAAACCGUUUCCAUGGGACGUUUCGGAUCUGAAGAUCUUUCUUUCGGACGACGACGAGCUGUUCCUGAACGGAAAACUAGUCGUCGUGAAAGAUAUUCAUUCUCCGAUCGGGCUCAACAUCUUCGGGCAGAAACAAGAAAAGGGAGAGUGGAUCCCGACGCCGUACGGAAAGCGGGUGUUGAAUCUCUGUGGCGCUAUGCUCGCCAAGCACGAGAUUUGGUACUCCGUCACGAAGCAUAUGAACAACACGCGUUGCCCGCUGUAUGCUGGACACGUGGAAUCGUUCAAUAUGGUUCCGUUGGGUACCUUUGGGUUCGAUGACAUCCUAGCGGAACUGGUUGGCGAAUGGCGAGUGAUCGUUGAGGUUACUACCGGAGUUCCACCCAGCUUGGCAUGUCUCAUGAACGAAGUGUCGGUACUGGAACAUUAAUAAAUGUGGAGGAGAA